AUGCUUCAAAAUGAUCAGAGGCCCAACUACGUGACGGUUUUGAGUCUGAUUCGCGCUGUUGGAACAUUAGGUUCGGAAGACAUGAUUCGAGGAAUUCAUGGAUUUGUGAUUAAACUCGGAUUUGAGAUAGAAUUGUCUAUCGUUACAGCCCUGCUGGGAUUAUAUUCACUCCAUGAUAUGGUGAUUGCAAGGCAACUCUUUGAUCCGAUACCGGUGAAGGAUUUGGUUCUAUGGAGUGCAAUGGUUACAGCAUGUUCAAAGAAUCGGCAAUUUGUUGAAGCCAUAGAAAUUUUCCGAAAGAUGCAAUAUGCUGGUGUAGAACCCAAUCAUGUGAGCAUCGUAAGCAUUCUACCUGCUUGUGGUAAUCUUGGUGCUCUGUCUUUGGGCAAAGAGAUUCAUGGAUAUUCUUUUAAAAGGGUUUUCUCAUCGUUAACCAAUGUUCAAAACUCACUUGUAGAUAUGUAUGCAAAAUGCAGAAAUUUGGAGGUUUCAGUUUUAAUUUUCAAUAGGAUUGUGCAUAAGGAUAUAGUCUCCUGGAACACCAUCAUCUGUGGCUUUAUAGAGAAUGGAUUUCCAAGAAAAGCAUUGAAUUUAUUCAUAAAUAUGGUAUCAUCUUGUGUCAAACCUAAUGAAAUCACUGUCCGGAAUGUUUUGGUCGCAUGCUCACAGUCGGAACAAUUUAAAUUUGGGCUUGGAUUACACUGCUUCGUUCUAAAAUCUGGGCUCUUGGCUUUUGUUUCCAUUGGAACUUCUCUUUUAAGAAUGUAUGCGGACUUUGGUAAGGUGGGUUUAGCAGCGGUUUUAUUUACUCAUCUCCACCACAAAGAUCUUAUUGCCUGGAGUGCAAUGAUUGCCAUCUAUUCCCGAGCUGGUUAUUCUAUCUGUGCUGUAGAUACAUUCAAACAGAUGCAAUUAGCAAACAUGAAGCCUAACAAGAUCACUUUGGUUAGUUUGGUGCAAGCAUGUGCCUCACUAGGAGCUCAAGAGCCUGGGAAGAGCAUCCAUGCCCAUGUAAUAAGAGUUGGGUAUUCAUCCAAUGGAUAUAUAAUGUCAGCCUUGAUUGAUUUUUACUGCAAAUUUGGGAAGCUAAGUGAAGGAAAAACUUUGUUUGACAGGCUUCCCACAAAAGAUCUUAUCUGUUGGAGUUCAAUGAUACACGGGUAUGGGAUAAAUGGAUGUGGUAUAGAGGCCCUUGAUACUUUCUCUAAGAUGUUACAGUGUGGGACAAAGCCCAAUGACAUUGUUUUUAUUUCUGUAUUGUCUGCCUGUGCUCACUGUGGUUUAAUAGAUGAAGGUUGGGGAUGGUUUUCUAGCAUGGAAGAGAAGUAUGGCAUAACUCCUACUCUUCCACAUUAUGCUUGCAUGGUGGAUUUGCUUAGCCGACGAGGGUAUAUUGAAGAAGCUCUUCAAUUUGUUUACAGAAUGCCAGUGGAACCUGAUGCAAAUAUUUGGGGUGCUCUCCUUUCUGGUUGCAGAUCAAGCCAGGGGCCGAUUGAGGUUGUAGAAUUUGCAGCCAAGCGCCUUCUAAGCUUGGACCCACAAAAUACUAGCUAUCAUGUUAUCUUGUCAAAUUUAUAUGCUGAGCAUGGUCGGUGGAGAGAUGCUGAGAGGCUGUGGGGAUUGGUGAAGGAGAAGGGAUUGAAAAAGACAGUAGGAUAUAGCAUGGUUGAAGCAAAAUAA